GGGAGGGAGGGAGGAGAGGGCUGUUAUUACUAGUGACAGAAAACGGCAGCGAGCACACACAGUCUGGAUAGCAGCUGAUGCGACAAGAUGCCGAGCGUGGCCGUGCUGUGUCUGUGCGCCGUCGCCUUCGGACGCGUCUCCGCUCGCUCCGACAGCGGCAAUUUUUUGGAUGAUAAGUGGCUCGCUGGGAGAUGGGAUAAAUUCAGAGAUGAGCCUGGAACAUGGACUCCAUCCAAGCCCUUCGAUCAAGGCCUUGAUCCAGCCAAAGACCCCUGUCUUAAGAUCAAGUGCAGUCGCCACAAGGUGUGUGUGGCUGAGGAUUACAAGACUGCCUCUUGUGUCAGCCAGAGGAGAGUUAGUUUUAAAGAUGCCAGUUUGUACCAGAGUCCAGGGUCAAAGUGCAAACCCUGCCCUGUGGUUCACCCCUCUCCUGUUUGUGGAACCGACGGCCACUCCUACUCCACCAAGUGUAAGUUAGACUACCAGGCAUGCAUCACAGGAAAGAAGAUUUCUGUGAAGUGUUCUGGCAUGUGUCCUUGCCCCGCCCAGCCUGAGGAGAGCUCUGCAGAGAAGAAAGUGUGCAGUGAGUCGGAUCUGAAGGAAGUGGUGAAUCGUCUGAGAGACUGGUUCAGGGUGCUGCAUGAAAAUGGCAACCACAAGAGAGUCAAGAUCCAGAAGCCAGAGAAAAACAAGUUCGAGGUUGGGGCGUCACCUAUUUGCAAGGACCCUCUGGGCUGGAUGUUCUCCCGACUGGACACGAACUUUGAUGUCCAGCUGGACCAAUCUGAGAUCAAGAGCCUCUACCUGGACAGGAACGAGCCUUGCUCCGACACCUUCUUCAAAUCCUGCGACACACAUGCGGACAAAGUUAUAACCAGCUCUGAGUGGUGCACAUGCUUCCAGAGGUACACAGAUUCCCCUUGUAAAGCAGAGCUGUCCAGUAUCAACAAAAAGCAAGCGGGGAAGAAACUGCUUGGUCAGUACCUGCCAUCCUGUGAUGAGGAAGGUUACUACAGGUCCCACCAGUGUCACAGCAGCAGCGGCCAGUGCUGGUGUGUAGAUCGUUAUGGAAACGAGGUGGCCAGCUCUCGCACCCAUGGCUCUGCAAACUGCGGCGUGAUUCUGGAGUCGUCUGGAGACCUUGGCAGCGGAGACUCGCUGUUCACCGAUGAUGAUGAAGAUUCCUUUGUUCUCAACCACCAGGCUGGCAUGGACGACGAGGACGACGAAGAUGAGGACGAUGACGACGACAAUGACGAGUAUCUGUCGUAAUUUUAAAAAAAGAAAAGAAAAAAAAGAAAAAAGAGAAAACUGUUUGUUUGGUCAAACUGCACGUUUCUAGGUGACUCCCCAGGCAGAUACUUAAUCGUACUAACAGCCUAUGGACUACUCUCUGUGUAUUGUUUGUUCAUAAGUUUAAAAAAAAAAAAUACUAUUCCUGGCAAACGUUUAUGAUUUCUCUUCCUCUCUAAGUAUAAAAUAUGAUUGGUUAAUGGCACUUGUGUGUCAGCCAACCAGAAAACUUGACCAGGACUAAUCCACAACCAAUCCAGUGUUUUGGAUUUGGUGAAUUGUGCAAAGACCUCUCCCUUCAUCGGACAGUCCAUGUCUUAUAGUGUGUCCUGUCCUUGUGCAGCACUCUGAUGCCUGAGUCUGUUGAUGCCUGAGGCGUAAUGUUAAAGAGAUUUCCCCUUCUUCGUUCCAUCGUCCUCCUCCUCCCAACCCCCACCCACCCGUUUACUCCUUAUCAAAUGUUCCUGUGUAUAGGUGGGAUGUUGAUGAUGUAGAUAAGAGAAUAUUGCACUCUUUAGGUUUCUUUUGAUCUUGAUUUGUAAUCGUGACUGUAACUGUGUGGAAAAACAAGAUAAGAGUUAGACAUGCUUCAUUAGGAGUAUUAAGGCAAAAGAAAAAAAAAAACACAGCGUAAGUUGGACAACAAUCAGAACCGACAUGCUAGCUGUUUUCACAGAGACACAAAUCAAGUCAAAUCAUCUCAAAGACUCGGCGACGAGGAAAGACAAAUUACUGCUUGGCCGGUGGUGGAAGGGGGGGGAAAUGUUAUUGUUAUCUAUUUUUCUAAUCCAUUGUGGGAUGAAUACAGAUGAUGAAACAGAUUUGUCUUAGCAUGUCUAAUACUGCGUGACGUUGUUUCAGUCUGUAGAACCAGAGGCUAAAGCUUUGUGGAACUCAAAACAUAAAUGGAGCUUGAGGGAGAAAAAUUCCUUCAAGCGUGUACAGAUGAAACUGCACUUGCAUAGUUAUAAACUGCUUGAGACACAAGUAGGAGUAAUAAAAAAAAAAUAAAAAAAUGUUUACUGUCCUUUAAUACGUCAGUGAGCUAAAGUAAAAACAUCAUCACCGCUCAGAUGCGGAGUCAAUGAUUCAAAUUUUACGUUAUUUGAGCACACUGUUUAACAGAAUAACUCUCUUGCACGGUAAUAAAACCACAGAGCCACGCAGACCUGUUGAAAAUGUCUGGCAGGGGAUAAAGGCUAAGGUGUGCCUUUUACAGAUAAGGACAGAUGGUGGGGAUAGUGUGGGAAAGCAUGCCUGCUUGACUGACAUAAGCUCACUGGGUGGUUUAUCUGUCCUGCCCUGAUACUAUUUGGGUUUUGGUAUGGCUUGUGUUUUGGGUCUCUCUUGCGAUGGUGUAACAUAGGCCAUAUAUCAGAUCUUUUGAUUUGUUCCAUAGGAUAGCUAGAAUGUAGAGAAGCACAGAUAAACUUAGCAGUUAAGGCAUAAAAUACACACUUAGAUUCUGCUGGAUUUGAAAAUGUUUUAUAUAUUAGUACACUGGCUAGAGGAAGCUUUGGUUUAGAGAGCUUUAUAUGAAAGAAAGAUGAGUAUCUUACAGUGUUUUGCUUUUACUUUGUUACAAAAGCUUGAUUUGUACCUGAUCUGCUCUAGCUACUUAUAGUGUAUAUCUGUCAGGGUUGAGAACUGAAACUGAUCCCAGAUCUGUGUAUUCUUGACAAGUCCUGUGACAGUUUAUGCAGAUCUGGGAUUAGAGGAGCUUCUAUGUUAAUUUUCACUUAUUAAUCUGCCUUCGGGCUUCAUUUUGAAUCAAACAUCUGUUGAAAUUCCAUGUUAAGACCUGAAAAGUGCCAUCUAACUGUUCCAUAGUUUUGUUAUUUUUUGCUCCCUUCAUUCCUUUUAACUUGGAAUUUCAAUUAACUUUAGUAACUGGAAAAUGUUUCAGUCUUAAAGUGUGCUGUUUCAUGAGUGUGAUGACAUGCAAAUCGUUUUGAUGACCUCAGACACUGUAGCCACUCUCAACCAAUCACACACUGUCGUCACAGCUCUGAUGUGUUUCAAGGUUAUGAUACAGAUGCAUUUUUUACAGUGUAUGUAUGAUUUGCUGAAAUAAAAGCUUUAUUG